CUUCCGGUUUCCGGCCGCGGGGUUAGGGGCGGGGCCGGGACUGGGACUGCUGUGGGAGAGUUUGGUGGCUGCGGCGGGGCUUGCUGACUGAUUGUGGGAAACUCGGAAACAAGCUCACAUCUCCCUGUGGGGAACCUUCUAGCAACAGGAUGAGUCUGCAGUGGACUGCAGUUGCCACCUUCCUCUAUGCGGAGGUCUUUGUUGUGUUGCUCCUCUGCAUUCCUUUCAUUUCUCCUAAAAGAUGGCAGAAAAUUUUCAAGUCCCGGCUGGUGGAGUUGGUGGUAUCCUAUGGCAACACUUUCUUUGUGGUUCUCAUUGUCAUCCUGGUGCUGCUGGUCAUCGAUGCCGUGCGCGAGAUUCGAAAGUACGAUGAUGUGACCGAAAAGGUGAACCUCCAGAACAACCCUGGAGCCAUGGAACACUUCCACAUGAAGCUUUUCCGUGCCCAGAGGAAUCUCUACAUUGCUGGCUUUUCCUUGCUGCUGUCCUUCCUGCUUAGACGCCUGGUGACUCUCAUCUCACAGCAGGCCACACUGCUGGCCUCCAAUGAAGCCUUUAAAAAGCAGGCGGAGAGCGCUAGUGAGGCAGCCAAGAAGUACAUGGAAGAGAAUGACCAGCUCAAGAAGGGAGCUGCUGUUGAUGGAGGCAAGUUGGAUAUCGGGAAUGCUGAGGUGAAGUUGGAGGAAGAGAACAGGAGCCUGAAGGCUGACCUGCAGAAGCUAAAGGACGAGCUGGCCAGCACUAAGCAAAAACUAGAGAAAGCUGAAAACCAGGCUCUGGCCAUGCAGAAGCAGUCUGAGGGUCUCACCAAGGAGUACGACCGCCUGCUGGAGGAGCAUGCCAAGCUGCAGGCUGCAGUAGAUGGUCCCACGGACAAGAAGGAGGAGUAAGGGCCUCCCUCCUCCCCUGCCUGCAGCCGGCUUCCACCUGGCACGUGCCUGCUGCUUCCUGAGAGCCGGGCCUCUCCCUCUGGUACUUCUGUUCGUGCUCUUCUGCUUCCCCCAUUCCCUUCCACAGCGCAUAGCUCGUCAUCUUGGCCCCCGUCCGCACUCUCCCAGCACACCACAGGGGACCUGAUUGCUACAGGUUCAGAAUGCGUUUGCUGUCAUCCCGCUUGGCCUGGCCAGGCCUGGCGGCCCUAGCUUCCACGCUUGAGCGUGGAGGGCACGAGUUAAUUGCAGUCUGGCUUGCGGUGGGGCUGGCUUCCCGUAGAUUUGAACGCCCUUUUUGUUUUGCCCUCUGGGUGUUUUCUUUGGUCCCGAAGGAGGGCGGGUGAAGCAGGUGGACUGGAGUUUCUCUCGAGGGCAAUAAAAAUGGUUAUGGUGUGU